UCCCCUUUAUUCUCCCCCCCCCCCCCCAAACUGAUGGAUCGAGUCCUGUGAAGAACCGAAAAGGACAAUCCUGGAUUCUGAGUCAACCACAACACACAAACACACUAAAAAAACAAACCGAGGCUGGAACCUCACAAGCACAACCGCCCCACAAUGUGCUGCCUAGCAUUCACCGAAGGAAAGUUGUAAAUGGAUUUUGUCGAGCACGGGAUGAUGGCUCAUGGAAUUCCUUCGCAAGGGAAAAUUACCAUCACGGUGGACGAGUACAGCUCCAACCCGACCCAAGCCUUCACUCAUUACAACAUCAACCAGAGUCGCUUCCAGCCACCCCACGUGCAUAUGGUUGACCCUGUCCCAUAUGACACUCCGAAACCAGCAGGCCACACACGAUUUGUCUGCGUCUCAGACACACACUCCCGAACAGAUGGCAUUCAGAUGCCGUAUGGGGACAUACUGCUUCACACGGGUGAUUUUACAGAGCUGGGACUCCCCACGGAGGUUAAGAAGUUCAACGAUUGGUUAGGAAGCCUUCCCUAUGAAUAUAAAAUAGUCAUCGCUGGAAACCAUGAACUGACGUUUGAUAAGGACUUCAUUGCUGAGCUGGUGAAGCAGGACUACUACCGCUUCCCAUCUGUCUCCAAGUUGAAGCCCGAGGACUUUGACAAUGUCCAAUCACUCCUGACCAAUUGUAUUUAUGUGCAAGACUCAGAGGUAACGGUGAAAGGAUUUCAAAUAUAUGGCACACCAUGGACACCGUGGUUUAAUGGCUGGGGCUUCAAUUUGCCCAGAGGCCAGUCUUUGCUGGACAAAUGGAAUCUAAUUCCAGAGGGUAUCGAUAUUCUCAUGACUCAUGGGCCACCAUUGGGUUUUCGAGACUGGGUUCCCAAAGAGUUACAGAGAGUUGGCUGUGUCGAGCUCUUAAACACAGUGCAGAGGCGAGUACGGCCGAAACUACACGUCUUUGGAGGAAUUCAUGAGGGUUACGGGAUUAUGACAGAUGGCUACACCACAUAUAUAAAUGCCUCCACUUGUACAGUCAGCUUCCAGCCAAUAAAUCCGCCAAUUAUCUUUGACCUUCCGAACCCACAAGGCUCCUGAGAACUGCUCCUCAUACCAAGAUGGAGGUUCUAUAAACUGCCAUUUCUUUUCUAAUGGAAAGCGUGACUUUAAAAGAAAAAUAAUAAUUCUGUUAAAUGUUUUCUCUUGUAUGACCUGGUUUUUUUUUUGUAAAAAUGCUGGUACAAAUCGUAGCGAUUGUGCUGUUAAUACAGAUUGGUUCUCAUAAGAUUAAUGAAGCUUUGUGACUUUGUAAGAGCUGAACUAUGAAAUUCUGUUUGCAUCUGCUGGUUAAGCUGUUAAAGAAAUAAUCGCAGUCAUUGAGUGUCAGCUUUUGGUUUCAAUUGAGUUCAGAUUUCUGGGUGUUGGAGGUUUCUGAAGAGGCUAAUUUAAACAAAACGGGCCUUGAAGUGAAGGUGGAUGACCGUAACCAAAUGAAUUCCUUCUGAAAUUCACCCUCCCCCAUUCCCCCACUGUUCUGUACUCUUUUAGGAAAAGUUGUUAACCAGUUUAAAUAAGUGUCAUGAGGCACUGCUAAAGUCGUGGAGGAAGGAAUUUUAGACGGAUCAACCCUCGCUAAGCGUUCCUACUUUGGAAUCAUCCACCACUUCAUGCCAGCCUUUUCUCUCGGCCCUCAAUCAAACCUUCCAAUUUUCUGCUCCCUGUGUUUCAAUUCUAAAAGUAAGAAAGCCCAUAAUCUAAACGCUUUAAUGAAGGUAAAGGUGUCCAUUUAUUGUACGUGUUUUUGUGCAGUGUUUGCUUCCAUGUUUUGGCUGUCUUUGACAUUCCUGGCUAAAAACUUGGCCAGAUACUGUGAUUAUUCCCAAACUAUAUUUACCAGUGGAACAGAUCAAAAGCCUGUGACCAUUUAAUUUACUGAAUCGAAGGUAUUCAAUAGCCCAGUGAAGCUGAGUGUUGGCAGCCUGAUCAUUAAGCCACUGGAUUCGCUGCAAGAUGAGUUCCUGGUCCCUAAAGAGCUUUCUGUUCGGUUUCUGAACUCAGGAAAGGCAAUUCCUAGUGGGAAAGGGGUCAGAAAAAUCAGAAGGAGGAUCAUCUCCCUUGUUCCUGUAUGCUAGCUUGAAAUGCUUGUAGUUAGGAACUGUCAAUGGUUGGGCUGGGGGAAGCAGGGUGGUAAAGGUCCUAAAGAGAGAGUUAAAUUAUCUUAGAGAAUGUGGAAAAUCUAUUAUUUUAACAGACAAGAGCAAUAAAUGAUACUAUUAGGCCCAUCAAACCUAUCCCCGUCGAGACAAUGGUAAUACUUGAUCAUCAUUUGCCCAUAAUCCUUGCUGUCUUCUGAUUGAGGCAAUUACACACAGAAUGAUUUGAAUAACCUGGCCAUAAUUCACAAUUACAGCAUGAAUCUCGUCCAAUUAUUGCAGGGACCCAAGUGCCAAUCUAUCACUUCUUUAUUUUUUAUAUGAUCCACCAAAUAAGUUUCAAUCUCAUCAUCCCACCAUGGGUGUACUGCCCCUUUAAGGAGAUUGCUUCACCUUCCUCUGCCAUGUCUCGGGCUUUAUGUUCCAUGGUCAGUUUCAGUCCCAAUGCCGUGGGGCCUGGCUUCAGUACCAGCUCUCCUUGAAUGGAGUCUCACCUACCCAGGAGCAUAUAUUGGGAGAUCAAAAACACUUUCCCUGUGACAAGUCCAGAAAGUCAUCCUCCAACUUUGAGCUGCCACAGGACUUUGAUGAAAGAAGUUGCUUUGUUUCAAUCUGGUGAACUUUUCUCUUGCAACCAUCUUGAAAGUUACCUCUUGUAUGUUCCUUUGCUCUUGUUCAUGGGUAUUAUAUUGUGUCCAGGAGUUCAGGUGUUGAAGACUCCACAGCACUGUUCAAAGAAGAAGCUCUCCUGAUGUUUUGGCUUCCAAUCUCCCUCAAUAAUCAAUAACUAAUUUAGUUACAUAGUUAUUCACAGCACAGAGCCAGGCCAUUCAGGCCAAGGUGAACAUGUUGGUAUUUAUCCUCCACACAAACCUACCCUUUUUCAUCUAACACCAAUAUAUGCUCUGUUCCUUUCUCCCUCAUGUGUUUACCUUCCCCUUAUAAUUUCCCCUUAAUUGCAUCUAUGCUAUUUGCCUCUACUACUUCCUGUGGUAGCAAAUUCCACAUUCUCGUCACUCUCUGGGUCAAGAAAUUUCUCUUGAAUUUUCUGUCGGAUUUAUUAAUGGCUAUCUUAUAUUUAUGGCUCCUAGUUCUUGUCUUGCCCCCACAUCUACUCUAUCAAACCCUUUCAUAAUCAUAAGGAACUCUAUCAGGUCACCCUUCAGCCUUCUCUCUUCUAGUAUCUGUUCAGUCUUUCCUGAUAGGUAUAAGCUCUUAGUUAUGGCAGUGUUCUAGUAAAUCUAUUUGUUACCUUUUCCAGUACUUUUAUAUCCUUUUCAUAGUUGGAGACCAGAACAGCUCAAGCACUCCAAGUAUGCUCUAACCAAAGUUCUAUUGGAGUCUAACAUAACUUUUCUGUGUUUUAAUUCUAUCCCACUAGAAAUGUACUCCAUUGCUUUGUUUGUCUUUCGAUGGCCUUAUUAACCUGUGCCCCUACUUGUGGUGAUUUAUGUAUCUGUAGCCCAGAUUCCCGCACCCUUGUUCCUGCAUCCAAUUUAGACAGUUAUUUUCCAAGGAGUACAUGGCCUCUUUCUACUUUCUACCAAAAUGUACCGCCUCACAUUUAUCCAUAUUGAAGUGUAUUUGCCAAUUGCUCGCCCAUUCUGUAAGUUUAUUAAUGUCCUCCUGUAUUUUGCUGCAGACUUCUUCUGUAUCAACUACACCCACUCUGCUGAAUGUGAUAUCAUUCUCAAAUUUUGAAAUUGUACUUAAGACAGCAGCAGUCACUUGUACUGUACCUGAAGUGGUGCAGUCUGUAUGGAGGAUCAGAAGCCAAAUAAGAACAGGCAUUCAGAAGCAAACUUCAUAGGUGCACUGCAAUGAUGGGAAGAGUUUUGGUUGAGAACUCUGAAGCUCUGGGAAGUCACCCAGGAUGGCCAACCUAUCCUUGGGGAGGAUUCCUAAACUCUGCCAUGCUUUCCCUUUAAUUCCCAGUGUUCCUCAGAAGCUGCGGUUAGGGGAAGCCAGUUAUUUCUGAUCUUAAAUGCUUGUUUUCAGACAUAUCCGUCCUGCUUCCUAUUAGACAAGCCAGACUCCCUUCCAGCCCUGCAAAGUCUAUCAAAUGAGACAUAUGUGAGCAGAUCUGUGUAUAGUGACCUUCAGGGAAUCUUCCCAAUAUCAUGAUCUACAAUACCAAGCUGAACAUCUGGAAAGGGAUAGCAUUCAACAUUGUCCUCCAUAUUUCAGUUGAACAGGAAUUUACUACUCAACUUCUGGUUACUUGAGGAAAAUGUGGGAGACAACAUUUUGCUUGCAUAUAUAAUUUUAGCAUGACUUAAUGAGGUGCUGCAGGAACUCUCACAGCCACUCUGUUCAACCCGUGGAGUCUUGCAAGCCACCCUUUUUGACAUUGGAGAACACAUGUUUGUUGGACAGAUAUUAACGAGGAGAGUUAAUGAACUAUUGGUCGACCAAUAUUAUUGACUUUCAGUGACACAACCCCAACAUUGAUUCCUCCUUCAGAUGAUUGCAGAGUUCUGUGCUACAGAUUCCAUCUUGUUUAAUCUAAUGCUAUAUCCAGAUUCUGCUGUAUGGUUGUAAAGGAAGAACUCAGUACUGCAAUGGAAGAUUGAGGCAAUUACUUGUCUUAAGUACCCAAGAAACAAGAGCAGGUCAUACAGUCCCUCAAGCCUGCUCCACAUGGCUGACCUUUUACAUCAACUCUACUAGCCCAGAACUUUCCUCAUUUCCUUUCAUUCCCUUGGUGCCCAAAUAUCCAUCAGUCUCAAUCUUGAAUAAACUCAAUGACUGAGCAUCCACUGCUCUCUGGGAUAGAGAAUUCCCAACAUUCACAACCCUCUGAGUGAAGAAAUUUCUCUUCAGUCUCCAGUUAAGGAUUCAGCCAUUUAGGACUAUGACUGCCUAGCUCUAGGGGUCAGUUAGUUCCAUUGGCUGGACAGCUGGUUUGUGAUGCAGAGUGACGCCAACAGCACAGGUUCAAUUCCCAUACCAGCUGAGGUCAUCCAUGAAAGACCCGCCUUCUCAACCUCAUCCCUUGCCUGAGGUGUGAUGACCCUCAGGUUAAAUGCACCACCAGUCAUCUCUCUCUGAGAGAGCAGCCUAUGGUCCUCUAGGACUACAGUGACUUUCAUUCCUUUCAGACUGCAGCCAGGGGAUAUCUCUCCACAUUUACCCUAUCAAGCUGCCCAAGAAUUUUAUAUGUUUCAGUGAGAUCACCUCUCAUUUUUCCAAAUGCCAGAGAAUAUAUUUCCAUUCUGCUGACUUGCUCCUUAUAGGACAGCCCUCUCAUCCCAGGAAUCUAUCUAUGAUGCACCUUUUCUGAGGCAAAUAUAUUCUUCCUUAGGCAUGAAGACCAAGAUUGUCCACAGUAUUUUAGCUGUGGUCCCAUCAAAGCCCUAUAUAUUUGCAUGGAUGGAGCCCUGUACCAAGCAGAAUUGAUUUACAUUACCAGUUGCCAAAGAGACAACUACCUGAAAAUAACGAUUUGAGCAACAUGAUCAUGCACAAAGUUACCAUGAAAUGCUAUUGGAAAGCUGGGCUUUGGUGAACACACCGGCAGCCAACAGUGAGAAGCCAGUAUUACCUGGACGUUUGUAGCUCAGUCUGGAAUUCUGGCUUCAUUUAAUCUGGAGAACAGCAGCUUACAUUUCUACAAUGGUUUCAAUGUAAGAAAUGUCCCAGAAGGUCUUCACAAGUGAAGAAACAAAAGCUGAGCAGGUAGCAAGGGAGAUAGAGAAGAUUCGAAGGUCAAGGGAGCUUUAAAAGGUGGUGAGAGAAGUAAGUAGGGGUUUAAGAGGUGAGAUUUUAUGGUAGACAUUUACCCUACAUUCUGACCUCAGAAUUUUAGCGGCACAGAAGGAGGCCAUUCGCUGAUCAUUCGCAGACUAUUACCAUCUGCCCAAUUUUACAUUUACCAGAAGACAAAUGCAAAUUCUGUCCUGUAACAAGAGGAGGACAUUGUAACUUUGGAAGAACAGUAACAUAUCUACAUUGGGUAGUAUUUCCUAAAUUAUGCUCCUAACAUUGAACUUCUGCUCUCCUCCUCUGCUAUUCCAGGAACGAAGGACAUGGACCUACCCCCACACUGGCCCCACAACCACCUGCCCCACAAACACCCUCUAGUUAAGGCAUUGUUGAAAGCUGAUUUUUACUGUGGAAAUUUUCAACCUCUUAGUUAUGUUCCUCUGACCUGCACUUUUUGAGCAAAAUGAAAAAAGUGACCAUGGACAAUCGUAGCACAGGGCAGAUUAGGUCCCAUGAAUAUAGCAAUAGUCUGGGAAUGAAUACCGCCUUCAUAUGUUCUCCUAUCAGAAAGUGUGGAUCUAAUCCAUUCACUUGAAAGUUAACCAGUAACUUACUUAAAACCAGGAAGAUUCUACAAAGAGUGGGAUUGUUACAGAUUCAAGUCUUCAAAGGUGUGCCUUGAUUGCAGCAAAGAAGAGAUACUUCUCAAUGCACGAUUCCAAGCAUGUACUGAUAGACGUGGCAUCACAUAUAGGCUAUUGUGUCGACCCUGAGGAUAGUUAGGCUCCGUUUAGUUCACAUGAACAGAAUUCAACAAUAUCUCUCAUUAAGGGUCAUAAAUCCUAGGUGUCCUCGAGCAAAUUUCUCCUUCAGAGAGCCAGCACAGGCUCGACAGGCCAAAUGGCCUCUUUCUGUACAGUAUGUUUUCUGUGAAAUCUAGACUUUAAACAUUUUGAAUGACCUUUUCAGUUUAAUUGAUUCUUGGGAUGUGGGCAUCGCUGGCAUGGCUGAUAUUCAUUGUCCAUCCCCUUGUUGCAACAGAGUGGCUUGCUGUGGUCACUUCAGAGGGCAGUUAAGGGUCAACUAUGUUGUUGUGGGAUUGGAGUUACUUAUAAGCCUAGAGUGAGUAAGGAUGGCAGCUUUUCUUUCCAGGGGGACAUUGGUGAACCAAUGGGUUUUUAACAAGAAAUCCAACAGAUUUCAUGGUCACUCUUACUGAUUUAGAUUUCCAUAAACCUUUGAGCUAAUUAUUUGGGAAAUAAAUUAAAUCUCCCAGACAAAUGGAAUGAGUGAAAUUGCUGUUUGAAGUUAUCUGAAGCCACAUUUUGCCAAUUCUUCAAAGAAAUCUGUCUUUUCCCAGCCUGAUAGGACCCUUGUAAAAAAAAAACCACAAUGCUUCACCCAUUUACUAAACACUACAAUAAAUGCACACCUUCACUUUCAUUAUCGCUUAUUUAUUCUUGUAACUGCUGGUCUUUUCUUUAUUAUUGUUUUUGCACUGUGUAUAAAAGCAAGCUCACUCGCGCACACAAAAGGAAGAGUUAAUUGCCCAAUAACUUGUUUAAAGUUGAGCAUUAUAAAUGCUGGAGGGCUUCUUUUAUUUUCUCUUGAUUUUCCCCUCUCUGUUGAACGGAAAUUAGUGAAUAGAGUUCUUUUGUUUCCAUAAAAUUAUUGUGAUAUUAUAUAUUUA